AUCUUCCAUUUCUGUUAGGUCCGCAAAAUCAAUGAACAUCACAUUCCCCACGUCUUCACCAAUAAAUCACAACCCUCAAACCUCUGGCCCCCAAGCCUUCUUGGGUGGAAAUGGAUGCCGAAAAGGCUCGGCAAUACCUCAGCAGUAUUCUUAACAAGAAUCUUCGCGUGUACACCUCCGAUGGACGGUUGUUCUGGGGCGCUCUAAAAUGCACCGACCCGAAUAUUGUGCUAGCUCACACUUAUGAAUAUCGGCAGCCAUCAUCAAGAGAGCGUGAAAAGGCAGCAGAGAAAGCUGACGGAGAAACUGCCAAGGUCGACAUGACCUCUCGCUACUUGGGACUGGUUGUUAUACCCGGGGAACACAUUGCCAAAAUGGAAGUCGAGGAGUUUGCGAGUCAAAUGAGGAAUCAGAAUACCAUAUAGCGGACAGUGGGAGGAAAGGAAACCCUGUAUCCCAGACCCAAACAAUAGAAUGAUUUAGGUAACUUAUUAUCAGUUUAGGAUAUCUUUCCUGAGCUUAGGAUACCUUUUGCUGAGUUUAUUAACACCAUAUAUCAAGAUCUGGUGAUUCCGUGGGGAGCGGAUACAGAGAUAACAUUAAUGAAUUAAAAGUACAACAAGGCUACCGCAAAAGAAAGUCAUCGUACCCAUUCAGCCUUUUGCAACCCGCCCAGCCUAGAGCUACCCACAACGCCUUGUACAACCAAGAUUGCGUUCCCAUCAUUACUACCGAACGCGAGGAAAGCAAGACACACGC